GCAUAAUACAGACGUGAACGGAGCACCGAAGACCUUUAACCAUGUCAGAGACUACUGUCACUAUGAACAUGACAAUGGAAUAUGGUGACUACUACUAUGGUGACUAUUUCAGUCCUUGCGUCCUUGGUAGCACGAUGGACUUCAGCUUCGUGUUCAUCACUGUUCUGUACUCUUUGGUUUUCAUUCUGGGCUUCAUCGGCAAUGCUCUGGUGGUGAGUGUCGUAGUGCGAUACCGCAACCAAACCACCUUGACAGACAUCUGCCUUGUCAACUUGGCUCUGUCUGACCUGCUCUUCAUCGUCACACUGCCACUCUUUACCCACUACACUCUGGUCAAAGAAUGGACCCACGGUGGCUUCUUGUGCCAUUUUGCUGGUGGCUGCAAGAGCACUGGCUUCUUCAGCAGCAUCUUCAUCCUGGUUGUCAUGACAGUGGACCGCUACGUAGUCAUUUUACACAGCGCAAAGGUGGCAAAGUACCGCACUGUGAGAACAGGGGUCGCUCUCACGGCGGUUGUGUGGUUGCUGAGCUUGUGUGUCUCCAUUCCUGCUUUUAUUUUCACCAAAGAGACAAAGGAGUCUUAUGGGAUCGGUUGCAGUUACGAACCAGACAACAUGGUCUGGAAGGUGUACAACAUCUCAGCAAAUAAUGUUGUGGGUCUCGUGCUUCCCUUGCUCGUGAUGGUGCUGUGCUACUCCAGGAUCAUCCCUGUCUUGAUGAGGAUGAGGAGCUCAAAGAAGCAGAGAAUUGUCAAGCUGAUAGUUGCUAUCGUGGUUGUCUUCUUCCUUUUAUGGACACCAUAUAACAUUUCAGUUUUUCUUUACUUCCUGCAGACUGAAUUGAAAUUGCUGAACGACUGCAAUUCGAUCAAAAAUGUAAAACUGUCAGUAAUGGUGAGCGAGGCCCUUGCAUUAACACACUGCUGCUUGAAUCCCAUCAUAUACGCUUUUCUGGGGCAGAAGUUUAUGAGGCGCUGCAAGCUGCUGCUGAACCAAUGCGCCCCUGGGAUGAAACAUUCCCGCAGGGAUUCAGAUAAUUUUUCCAAGAAGAGCUCAGUGGUGAUCAGGUCCUCUGAAUCCACUUUAGUUAUGUAGCUGCUCGUACUUCAAUGCCCUUUAUCUACCUACCUACCUAGCUACUUACCUAUUACAGAUGCGCAAAAAAAUCGUUUCAC